AUGGUCACCACCCGCGCCUCCUCCUCCCGCGCCGCCUCUGUCGAGCCCUCCUCCUCCUUCUCCUCCCUCCCCCCCGCAACCCCCUCCGCCAAACGCAUCGCCAGAUCCAAAUCCUCCUCGUCCAAGCUGUCCUCAACCUCAUUCCGCCACGCGCCCACCACCGCCACCCUCGUCUGGCUCGCCAUCUCCCUGCCCCUCGUCAUCUGGGACACGGGCUACGUCCUCCUGCGCCCGCUGUCCAUGCCCGGCGGCUCCCUCCACUGGCCCGUCUGGGCGCCCUACAAGCUCUACGGCGAGGUCGACCACAUCUACGGCUGGAAGGCCUUCAACGCCGGCAACGGCUUCACCAGCGCCCAGGGCCUGCUCAAUGCCGCCGAGACGCUCAUGUAUCUGUACUAUAUCGCCGCGUGGCUGUUUAGCAGCAAGACUACCGAUGGGGGUUCCAGAGUGCUGGCUGGCAGAGGCGGUGCAAGGGCUACGCUGUUUGGCUACGCCGCUGCUGUCAUGACGCUCAGUAAGACGAUUCUGUAUUGGGCAAACGAAUACUACAGCGGCUUUGACAACAUCGGCCACAACCCGCUCAACGACCUCAUUCUCCUCUGGAUCAUUCCCAACGGUGCUUGGCUCGUCGGCCCAACUUACAUGAUCUGGUCCAUCGGCGCCGACCUCAUCGACUCGCUCAAUUCUACUUCACGCUCAAAGAGAGACUAA